AAGGUCACUUUGUAAACGGUCUAACCUUUCAUAACCUGCUGUGAAAUAAAAUUUCAUUUUGAUAUUUUGAAAAGGAACAUUGUUUUAUAUUAGAAUGUCAGAAAAGAUAAAUUUCUUAAUUAUUUUAACUCUACUUUGUUGUGGUUACUGCAAGGAAAACUCAGAAAAUGAAUGCAAGAAUUUGAACGAGAAAGUUCAGACGUUACAAGAAGAACUUCGUGUAAUAAACAAAGCGUUAACAGAUACGUCUUCCGAAAAUAAGGCAUUACGAAAUGAAUUUGAAGCUCUUCUGACUGAGUUCCGAGUAAUAAAGCAGAUAACAGGUUCCAAUCAUGGAGAUAAAAGAUUUGUAGCAGAUGGAGAAAUGGAUGUUGAGGCAGCUGUUGCUAAGCUUGCGAAAGAUGUUAAGAUGUUGACUGACGGUAUUGGAAGUACCUACGUUAGAUGGGGAAGAACAACAUGCCCUGGCAAUACGACAGUAAUUUACAAAGGAUUUAUGGGUGGAAAUGUCUAUACGGAUAACGGAGGCCCUGCAAACUAUCUGUGCUUACCGGAUGACCCUACAUGGGCAAAAUAUCAAGACGGGAUACAGAAUGAAGGAAACAAGAUAUAUGGCUCCGAGUAUGAACAUCAUGGAACGAACAUUAAUCCAUUUCCACAAAAUAUGAUGGACGAGGAUAUUCCAUGUGCUGUGUGUAGCACUAGAAGACCAUUGAAUAUCAUGGUUCCUGCAAGGACUAGCUGUUAUACUGGAUGGCAUUUAGAGUACACCGGUUAUCUCAUGACAAUCAAGUCUGAUAAGCCCGCAGCAGGAGAAUAUGUCUGUAUAGACGAUCACCCUGAGGCGAUACCACACGGGACAGCAAAUACGAACGGAAAUGUUAUGUACCUUGUUGAGGCAGUUUGUGGAACUCUUCCUUGUCUUCCCUACGUAAAUGGUCGUGAACUUGCUUGCUCUGUUUGCAGCAAAUAACUUCUAAAGACAUUCAUUUCCAUCACAAAAUAAGAAAUAACUUAUAUCUGACUGCAAUAGAGAGUUUUAAGAGAAUUUGCAUAAUAGUGGUUAUUUUUAAAGAAAGGGUUACACCAAUUUAUAACAAUAUAGUUAAGUUUCAUCGUUGUAGGUACUGUCAGGGACUCUUGAUUCUUCAUAUAAUGACUCUUUCCAGCUUGCUUACGGAAGGCAAAUUGUUCUGCUCAGGUCCCGACUCGCGUCUAAGAAUAAUGCAUAAAGGGGAGGGAACUCGAGGUUUUCCAUCUAAAGUUAGACUAGAAAGUCAGAUAAUGUCAGUGUGACUUACAAUAUAAGUAAACAAGCAAUACUCCGCCAAAGAAGCGUAUUUUAGUGGCAAUUGUGCAUACUUAUGAAAUUAACAUUUUUGAUGGAGGUUACGUCGCUCCAAAACAGUAGAUAUUAUAUAAUGACUUUCCAGCUUUACUGGUAAAGGAAAACCUCAAAGUAAACCAACGACAUUCCAUAAGUUAGCUGGGUUGUUAACUCAAAAGUAUCUUAACAACAUCGAAGGUGCAAGUGGUUUAAAGUCAACGUCCCUAACCGUUCGGCCACGGGGGCGCCUUAGCUACGUUAUAUUUCGCUGUUUACAAGUACGACUGGUUUGAAUAUUGUAAGCUUAAUAACCUAGAAAAAGUCUACAGCGUCAAGCGUUUAUAAUAGAUUUUUUUUUUAAUUUUGCCUUGAUAUAAAGGCACAGGAAACACUGGGUUCCGUUCAUUGAACGCCGUCUUUCCUAAUUGAUCAUGUUUACCAUAUUCAAUCCAUUUCCUCAGACUAUGCCAAACGAGGAUAUUCCAUGUGUUCUUUGUAGCACUAAACCAUCGCUGAAUAGCAUGGUACCUGCUAGGACAAGUUGUCACACUGGUAUGUUAUAAAGUCAAAUCAUAGAAUUUAAUAUUGCCCUUAUUAAAAGUGUGCGUAUGUUUUUACUGAAGCGAAAAGAUUGGUAAUGCAAAUGUUUUCAAACGUUACUUCUUUGAUACUACUAAGUCUUAUGUUUGUGAUACUUUAUUCAAUACUGCCAAUUAAUCUUUGAUUGACAACUCUUCUUUCUGGAAUAAAGUACAAAUUUGCAUCACAAAUGACGAUCCUCGCUUGUGAAAUUGCCACUUAUUACUUUAGUGAGUUAAGUGGUUUUGCUAGGGGCGUGGACGGUAACUUUCACUUUCCAAUACCGUCCAUGAACAGGCUCAAUCAAACCGAGCCUGCAACAUUUUCAAUUUUGUCGUGUUGGACUUUAUUUAGGGAUUCUGUAUUUCUCUAUUUUUUUGUGUCUGCUGCUCAGCACAAGGAUCGAAUCAUUUGGCUUUCUUCAUAUAACACCAGUACCAGUAAGGUACAGGAUGAUGACUCGAUUUUCAAGAACUUGUUUCCCAAUAAGGCAUGAAAAACAUCUAUAGCUACUGCUCAAUUUUUGAACACAUGUUUCAAAAUUCAAAAUUUCACCAUUUGAUCUGUUUUUAUAUUGAAAGGUUCAAAGGGAACGUGAACUUUUCAUUGCACAUAACACUACAGUCGAUGAAUUCAAACAAAGCAUACAACGUUUGGAAGAAGUUUUUCGUACAUUUUUAUUAACAGACAUGAACUGACAAUUAAUUGACUGCCUCGUCAAUAUAAAACAUACACUUUCAAAAUAUAUGGGUUACUUUUAAUAUUGCCCUCACAUUCUUCAGGAUGACAUUUAGAGUAUACAGGAUAUCUUAUGACAAACGCCUCCGUUCAUCCCGCAGCAGGAGAAUUCAUUUGUAUGGAUGGUCAUCUCGAACCAAUUCAAAACGGAAGUGCAGAUACGAACGGAAAUUUUAUGUACCAUGUUGAGGCGGUCUGUGGAACGUAACCUUGUUUUCCUUACGUUAAUUGACGAGAACUUGCUUGUUCUGUUUGUAGCAAAUCAACUAGAGACUUUUUU